AGGCUGACCAAGCAGGAAUUCUGGCAGCUGGUGCACCAGAGCUAUGGCUCUGAGCUGGGCCUGAACAGUGAGGAGAUGGAGAGCUUCCACUCAUCAUCUGAGGACAACGGACAGUCUCGAUCCAGCAUUUGUGAUGAUUCUGGUGAAAGAGAUGAAAAACUACCUAAAAUGAUUGGUUUAGUUCGGGAACCCACGCUUCAAACAGAAGGAGAGUCACUCGGUAGACACGCAUUGCCAGGAGUGGAGGAGUCCCCAAGUGAGAAGCAAAUAAAGAAGAGCCCUCUUCCAUCUUCAGAAAGAAAACCUGUUAAGCUAGGCAGGAGCAGGUCUUUAGAAAAGUCCUUGGACUUGAAUGAGAAUGAAAACCUUCCAGAGAAGAGCAGUGCCUCAGAUAGUGAAGAAGCAGUGAAGGAGACUGUCUCUGAGAAUGAUCUCUAUGGAAGACUUUUUAUAAACAGAGUUUUCCACAUCACUGCAGACAAGAUGUUUGAAAUCCUUUUCACCAACUCUCACUUCAUGCAGAGGUUUCUCAAUUCCAGGAGUAUAGUAGAUGCUGUAUCAACCCCUUGGAAUCGAGAUUCCAAUGGCAAUCAGUUGAGGACUUUGACGUACACUGUAACAAUUAACAAUCCACUUUGUGGGAAGUUCACGACUGCAACUGAAAAGCAGAUCCUGCAUAAACAGAGCCAGAAAGGUCAGUCUUAUCAGGUGGAUGCUGAAGUACUGACCCAUGAUGUCCCCUACCACGAUUAUUUCUACACUGUGAAUAGAUACUGCAUCAGCCGCACAUCCAGUCACAAGUGUCGAUUACGGGUUUCUGCAGAAGUGAAGUACAAAAAACAGCCUUGGGGCCUUGUCAAGUCUGUAAUUGAGAAGAAUACCUGGGGAGGAAUACAGGAGAACUUCAAACAACUUGAAUCAGACCUUCUAAUGGAGGAAUAUGCAAUUAAUCAGUCCAUAGAAGACUCUGGAAAAUUAGUUGCCCUGAGACGAAGACGACGCACUUUACACCGGGGUCUGGCAGAAUCACUUCCCAAACGCUCUUCACCACACCCCUCUGGUGACAUGGGAGCAGAGUCCCAGGGCAGCAUAAUAGGAAGAAAAAGAGAUGCUGUAAGUAGGACCACCACCAUCAUUGUAGUAAUGAGUGUCUUUUUGCUGCUCUUGGUCUUGCUGAAUAUAACACUGUUUCUAAAACUGUCAAAGAUAGAGCAUGCAGCCCAGUCCCUCUAUCAUGUCCAGCUUCAGGAAGAAAGCUCUUUGAACAUAUCCCCAGAAAUGGUAUCAAAAGAGGAGACUCCUCAAUAUGAUAAAGAACAGGUUAAACAUGUGAAGGGAGUUUUAAGAGACUCAAUUGAAAUGCUUGAGCAGCUAAAGAUCUCCCUUUCCAUGCUCCAGAGAAGCUUUGACCACUGGAACAGGACACAGAGCAGCAAGACAGAGAGUUAAUACCCACAUCAGCUUUUUCCGUUCAAGACGUCGGAAGAAAUGAUGUGCGUGUGAGGACUUGUGGGGUAGGGAUUGUAACUGUCACCUUUGGACUCAUUACUAUUUGGCUCAAAAGCUGCGCAGAAUAAAGGUUUCUGGAAGAAGU